GUAACACAACAUAAAGACAAUGGUACCUGAUUCCUAAUUGCCACGUGUCGUCUCGUGACUGCGAAUAGUUGUCUCGGUAUACACCAGAGCGAGUGAGAGAGCAAAAAGUAGCUCCGCACCGAACGCGCAAAUCAACUGGCUCAGAAAUUCCGAUUUUCUCCUCCAUAUUCCGAUCUCCGGCAACUGAAAUAUCCUGCCGGAAACCUCAUCUUCGAUCCCUCCGUCUAUCCGUCAACACCGAAUUUCACGCAGUAGAUGUGAUUCAGUGUGUGUUUAUGUAUGCACACAGUUACUUUUAUAACUAUUAUAUCUAAUCUAUCUUAGAGUGUGUGUGUGUGUUUAUCCGGAGAUGUUGUAUGGACGUUUGUUAUUCAUGCGUGUGUGUACGGAUUGCGAAGUGAAACAGUAAUUAUUGGAUAAGUUGGAAAUCAAUCGGUUUAAUUGGUGAUAAAUGAGGACACUGUGUGACGUUUGUGAGAGUGCGGCGGCGAUUUUAUUCUGCGCGGCGGAUGAGGCGGCGCUCUGUCGUGCUUGUGAUGAUAAGGUUCAUAUGUGUAACAAGCUCGCGAAUAGACAUGUUCGAGUUGGACUUGCCGAGCCUAGUGAACUCCUACGUUGUGACAUAUGCGAAAGUGCUCCUGCUUUCUUUUACUGUGAGAUUGAUGGAAGUUCCCUUUGCCUGCAAUGUGAUAUGAUUGUCCAUGUCGGCGGUAAAAGAACCCACGGAAGAUAUCUCAUGCUGAGACAAAGAGUCGAGUUUCCAGGGGAUAAACCUGGAAAUGUAGACGAGCCAGGAUCACAGAGAAACAAUAUCGGUGAAGCAAAGAUGGAAACUAGUCACAUGUCUAAUCAUAGGGCGAUAGAGAAUCAGCAAAAUCACGGGGCUUCUCCCAACCGAAAUCUUGGUAACGACACUGAGUACGAUGGGAGGAUGGAGAAUAAUUUAAUUGACCUAAAUGCCAGACCUCAAAGGAUGCAUGGACAUGCUCCAAACAACCAGGAACGAGUGGAUACUUUCGGUGACAACAAUCAUGGUUUCGAAAGUGUGGUUCCAGAUGGAUACUACAAAAGGGAGCUUGAGAAGUAAUGAAGUUCGAUGCAGCGUGCUUUGAGGUGGUAUUAACAGUGGAUUGAGACAGCACACGCGACAGUCACAAAAGUGAAAUUUUACAACUGCCGAACUUUUAUUUAGCAUCAGUGAAGCAUAGGAUUAUUUUGCAAAUCAUUUUCUCCCACUCUUAGCAUUAUGCGUUGAACAAAGUUUGUUUGUUGAAGAAAUUUGUGGUAGAUGGUCUGAUGUAAAUUGAAAGACAUUAGGAAAGUGCAAUUGACCAAUAAAACCGCACAUAUAUUUCGUUACUAUUUUUUUCUUUUUCGGGCUUUUUUUGAUAUACCUAAGGGUAUAGAGAAAAACUAUAGGUCCUGUACAUUGUGCAUUGGCUUAGACUAGUUGUAUCCGCAACUCAUCUCUGAUAUAAUCGGCUCCCUUGCAACUCGAAAUAAUUAUUAUUUGUUGCUUCUUGGAA